AUGAGCAUUGCAGAAAAACCGUUUCCACGACAGUAUUUUGAUCGACCUGAUGUUAUUGAAUCUUCAACCCCAACGACAACAACAACCGCACUGACAAUAGCCGAUAAUUCAAACGUUGACACUACGACACCUCGUCAUGUUUGGUAUUACGAAGGACGUGGUGGAUGGUGGCAGUACGAUCAACGAACAAAUACAGAUUUAGAUGCAGCAUUUAUGAACGGCCAACGAAAUAUAGAUUUAUUAAUAGCUGGCUUUGUUUACGUUAUUGAUUUUGAAAAUAUGCUGCAGUAUAGACAGAACGAAACACAACGUCGACGAAGAAUUAAAUAUGAUUUAGUAACUGCACCAAAAAAAGGCGUUGCUGGUCUAAAGUUAAAUGAUAGGCAAAGGCGAGAUGAUCCAGAAAAUCAAUCUCAAGUGCUCUCGUCAUCAACUACUGUCACUACCGCACCACAGUCUUCGCAUGCCAUUCGAAUAACAUCAGAUGCGAAUAUCGUUCCAUCGUUAAGACCAAUGGUUUCAUCUGUUACGGGUACAUCACCACCUCAAGCUGAAAUCUUAGUCCCUCUAGCGACUGCUUCUAGUAAUAAUGACGAAAAUAAUAUUUCACGUUCCGAUGCUGAUGGUGGAGAAGAAAUCGAAGUCUCACAACUACCUCUCUCGAAUCGAUCAAUAAUCGACGAUUCUGUGCCAGUGCGCAGACCGGUGUUAGGUGCAUCUAAUUAUCAAACGUGGAGAUCAAAUAAUGAAUCAAAUAGUGGUGUUACCGUUCGGGGAUAUGUGGGUAAUUUUGACUCAGAUAGUUCCGUUGAUACUGAAGAUGAUGAUAGUGAGGAGGAAACCAAUAGCAUUCGACCAACAUUGAUUGGUGAAGCCAGUGAUAAUAUUAGUCGUCGUGCAGAUUUUUUGCUUGGAUCUUCCGGGUAUACACCAACCUCAAACAGAUCAACAAACAAUAAUAGUUCAACUUUGUUAUCCGAUUCAAUAAUGGAGCUGCAUGUUACACCUCGUACUCAUUGA